GAACCUACACACCUCAACGCCGUUGGUUUACCUUCACACGUAGAGAGAGAGGAAAAAGAAAGCACACGCUUACGUCUUGUUAUAUCCACCUCUUCGACAGCUCGAACUCAUUUUUCUCUUCUUCUCCUUCUCCCUUUAGCCCUUUCCCUCCCUCUUUUGAUCUGCUGCAUCGUGCAUCCUUAAGGCAGAUCUUCCUUUGCUGGUGCACGUGGCCAAGUUGGUCACUGACCGCCUUGUCCACUUACUCAUAGCCCACCCCCCCUCUUCUCCCUCUUCUCUUCUUCACUCAGCCAAGCGAUGUUCUUCUGAAUUGUUGAAGCUUUUUCAUGUGUUUUACUGCUUUCCCCAUCUCUGAUUUGAACUAGGCUGUCUCUCGAAUGCCCAUCUCCAUGCACGUCGGCCACCGCACUGAGCACCCCGUGCGCACCGCCCUGCGCGUGCUCCUGCCGCUUUCCGUCGGCGUCGUUUUCCUGCUCUACAUCACCGGCACCUUCGGCGUCUUCAGCCGCGUCCGGGAGGUCGUCGAUGCGGAGGGGACUUCGUUGCGCUCCGCCGCCGGCAUUGCGAAGUUCUGCCGCGAGCUGCAGGAGCUGUCGCAGCAGCAGUACUGGCAGGUCCUUCUGUUCAUCACGACGCUGUACCUCACGCUGCAGACCUUCUGCAUUCCGGGGACCGUCGUGCUGAACGCGGCGGUGGGGGCGGUGAUGGGGACGCUGCUGGGUGUGCCCUCCUGCACCCUGCUCGGCACGGCCGGGGCGUCGUGCUGCUACCUCCUCUCCCGCACCGUCGGCACGUCGCUCGUGGAGGCGGCGGAUGCGCGGCUGAUGAAGGGGAAGGGUAUCACCAAGAUCCGCGGACAGGUCGCACGGUACCGGUCGGAUCUCUUUGUCUACUUGCUGUUUCUGCGGCUGACGCCGAUCUUGCCGAACUGGCUGGUGAACUUAGCGUCGCCUGUGGUGGGCGUCCCGCUGCACACGUUUGCCGGGGCGACCAUGCUGGGCAUUGCCCCGCAGACCUAUUUGACCGUCCGCUUUGGCUCGCUGGCGCACGCCGGCAAACCUGGUGAGGCGAGGCGCAUCGUGACGCCGUGGGACACGCUGCUGCUGGCGGUCCUCGGCGUCGGCAUCUUGGUUGGGUUUCGACUGAAGAAGAAGUUUGAGCAAGAAAAGGAGCGGAGGGAGGGCGGCGGCCACGACGCCUUCGUCAAUGUUGCGGUGCGGGUGCCCCCUCCAGCGUAG